AUGGCCAUCUCCAUCUUGCCCGCAAUCCUCAAAAGCUCUUUUCGGCCCCCGGCCGGAACUUCGUGGACCGCCGGAGGUGACGUGGUUGGACACUACCGCAGCUGGGGCUUCACCAUCUACCGCACCGCUUACGGCCCGGCUACCGACGCGCAGUGGCGCACCCUCCCGGACAAGAUCCGGGCCCAGGCCGUUUCCGAGAUAGACGGCUACGUUGAGGCCGGCGAGGAGGACGUUGCCGCCCAGCUCAAGUCCCUCUUCGUCCUCGACGCCCGCUCCGACGCCGCCCUGCUCGCGGACAAGACCAUGGACGAGGUGCGCGAGAUUUACAAGCAGGCAGCGGUGGCCAUUCGCAGCUCCGGCAACGACUAUGACAAUGAUAACAGCCAGUCGCUGCCCCUCAUGCACGACGGCCCCAACCAGCGCGUGUUCCUCCUUGCUGACGCCGAGGUGCUAGAGGCCGUCGACCAAGACCCCUACUUCUGGGUUAAGGGCGUCGACGCUGAUUUCGCUGAGAGAUAUUUGGCCAAGACGAACGGCGCCCCAGGGGCUCAGGGGAAGGGUAGGGCAGCGGGCGGGGUAUGUUCUGGUUGGAUGAAGAUGACGACCCGAAGUGUGGUCGAUUUGUGUGCCGAAAUGCUGGUGCGCGAUCUGGCUAGUAUCGCGCCUGGUGCGAGGGCCGCGGACGAGAGGCCUGUGUACAACGGCGAGCUGACCGGGUCGUCGCUGACGAGCAAGAUGUCGAGCGGCAAGUGA